AUGGCUAGAUUCUCCACUCUUGGGCUUCUCUUUCUGUGUCAGCUAUUAGCCACAGCAUCAGCUCAGAGAAUAGGGCCACAAGGCCCUCCUGGACCACGAGGACCCCCGGGACCAUCUGGCAAGGACGGAAUUGAUGGAGAUCCAGGCCCUCCUGGUUUGCCAGGCCCACCAGGGCCAAAAGGUGCACCAGGGAAGCCUGGAGCAGCUGGUGAAGCUGGAUUACCUGGUCUUCCUGGGGUGGAUGGUUUAACUGGAACUGAUGGCCCACCGGGCCCAAAUGGGCCUCCAGGAGACCGUGGUGCAUUAGGACCUGCUGGGCCACGUGGAUCUGCUGGCAAAGGACUACCAGGACCUCCAGGGCCUCCAGGACCCAGUGGGCUCCCAGGUGGAAAUGGAUUUCGGGGUCCUUCUGGACCUUUUGGCCUGCCAGGAUUCCCAGGGCCUCCUGGACCACCUGGACCUCCCGGGCUGCCAGGCACCCUUCACGAUGGCGGCGGCGACCUUCAGUGCCCAGCCCUGUGCCCACCAGGUCCUCCAGGUCCUCCAGGAAUGCCAGGAUUCAAGGGACACACUGGUCACAAAGGAGAACCUGGUGAAAUAGGAAAAGAUGGAGAGAAGGGUAGCCCUGGACCUCCUGGUCCUCCAGGCAUUCCUGGCAGUGUUGGCCUGCAGGGCCCAAGAGGACUAAGAGGCCUCCCUGGCCCAAUGGGUCCAGCUGGUGACAGAGGUGACAUUGGUUUCAGAGGACCACCUGGAAUCCCAGGACCUCCAGGAAAAGCUGGAAUCCAAGGAAGUAAAGGACCCCAGGGAUUCAGAGGGCCCAAAGGUGAUACAGGCAGAGCUGGACCAAAAGGAAACCCAGGGGCUCGUGGACUCAUAGGAGAACCUGGCAUGCCUGGCAAGGAUGGACGAGAUGGAGCUCCAGGACUCGAUGGUGAGAAGGGGGAUGCAGCUCGCAUGGGUGCUCCUGGAGAGAAGGGACCAAACGGACUGCCUGGACUGCCUGGAAGAGCAGGUAGUAAAGGCUCAAAGGGUGAACCAGGCAGUCCUGGAGAGAUGGGAGAAGCAGGUCCCUCUGGAGAGCCAGGCAUGCCUGGAGAUGUUGGUGUUCCUGGUGAGAGAGGGCUGCCAGGACCCAGAGGAGCAACUGGACCACUUGGUCUUCAAGGCCCAAUUGGAGCCCCUGGUGUCCGAGGCUUCCAGGGUCCCAAAGGUGCCAGUGGUGAGCCUGGCCUUCCUGGGCCAACUGGGAUUCGUGGAGAGCUGGGUGACAGGGGUCCUGCUGGUGUUCCUGGUCCCAAAGGUAACCAGGGCAUUGCUGGAGCAGAUGGCCUCCCAGGUGACAAAGGAGAACUGGGUCCCUUUGGUCCUCCUGGCCAGAAAGGAGAGCCAGGAAAAAGAGGAGAACUUGGCCCCAAAGGUGCCCAAGGGCCUAAUGGGACAGCUGGAGUACCAGGCAUCCCAGGGCAUCCAGGGCCCAUGGGCCAUCAAGGGGUGCAAGGUGUUCCUGGCAUCACAGGGAAACCUGGACCUCCCGGCAAAGAGGCCAGUGAACAGCAUAUAAGAGAGCUCUGUGGGGAACUGAUCAAUGAGCAAAUUGCACAGCUGGCUGCCAACCUGAGAAAGCCCCUGGCUCCUGGCAUGACAGGUCGGCCUGGCCCAGCCGGGCCCCCAGGCCCCCCUGGAGCUGCAGGAAGCGUUGGGCAUCCUGGUCCUCGUGGUCCUCCUGGUUACAGAGGGCCAACAGGAGAACUGGGUGAUCCUGGUCCCAGAGGUGACACUGGUGAAAAGGGAGAUAAAGGACCUGUUGGACAAGGUAUUGAUGGGCCUGAUGGUGAUCAAGGACUCCAAGGGCCACCAGGUGUACCUGGAAUUACUAAGAACGGUCGAGAUGGUGCUCAGGGUGAGCCUGGCCUUCCAGGGGAUCCUGGAACUCCUGGUGCUGUUGGGGCUCAGGGAACUCCAGGAAUCUGUGACACGUCGGCCUGCAUGGGAGCGGUUGGAGCAUCGACUUCCAAAAAAUCAUAA